GCAAUACAGGUGGCAACGCCAAAGACAGAUUGUUUAUAUCGCUCGACUUCUCGAGUUUGACUUUUAAUUUUUUAAUAAAUUUUACGGCAAUUGCUAUGCAGAUAACAAUCAAGGUGCUGAAGGGCAAGGACUGCACCAUCGAGGUGGCGCCGACAUCGACGAUUCUGGAGGUGAAACACCAGAUCGAGGCGGAACUGCAGAUAUCGGCUACAAAUCAAAAGCUACUGCUGUUGGGGCGACCGCUUAACAAUGAACAGACAAUUGCGUCAUAUCCCAACAUCAAGGAGGGCACCAAACUCAAUCUGGUGGUGAUAAAGCCCUGUUUAAGGGACAGCAUCCUGCGGGGAUUCCGCAAGCACUAUUCGGAGCCCCUAGCUGAGCGUAUGACCAAUGAGUUUAUGGCCGACUUCGAGCGGAAAAUCAACGAGCAGAGCCUGGACGACCUGGAGAGACUGGCGGACAGCAUAGUCAACAGAGCGGCCACAUAGCGCCAUUGAAGACCCAAUACCAACCACCACCACCCCCUCCAAAAAUAUGAUGGAAGUCUAUCCUUACAGCAUAAUAUUUUUAUUUCCCCCCUUUAAAAAAACAAACUAACUAAAAAAUAUGAGGUAGUAAAAAUUAAGACUUGACUGAAAACACACGGCCCAUAUUCUUUUUUGCGACGGUCUGGCAACGCUCCACCGGCCAGUUGCAGUCUUUGGCUGUGUGCGUGCGUGCCUGUGUGUGUGAGAAGAAGAAAGAGAGGAGAAAUGCGUGUGCUGUCGUGCAAAUUUCUUGGCCGAGUUGUUAACUCCGCGCUGCCCCAACAAAUCAUUUCACUGCGAUCCCUGUCCAAAACCAGUGCAGCUAUGGUGAAAGUAGGAGACUCCCUGCCAUCGGUGGAUCUGUUCGAGGACUCGCCAGCCAACAAAAUCAACACCGGCGAUCUCGUCAAUGGCAAGAAGGUGAUCAUCUUCGGCGUUCCCGGCGCCUUCACUCCAGGCUGCUCAAAGACCCACUUGCCCGGCUAUGUGAGCUCCGCCGAUGAGCUGAAGUCCAAGCAGGGCGUGGACGAGAUUGUCUGCGUUUCGGUCAACGAUCCCUUUGUGAUGUCCGCCUGGGGCAAGGAGCACGGAGCCGCGGGCAAGGUGCGCCUCCUAGCUGAUCCCGCCGGCGGUUUCACCAAGGCCCUGGAUGUGACCAUCGAUCUGCCACCACUUGGCGGCGUGCGCUCAAAGCGCUACUCGCUGGUGGUGGAGAACGGCAAGGUGACCGAGCUGAAUGUCGAGCCCGAUGGCACCGGACUCAGCUGCUCGCUGGCCAACAACAUUGGCAAGAAGUAAAUGGAAUCCAGUCAGCCCGAAAACACUAGAAACUCAUACAUGCUAAUGCUAGGCCGCAAUGAUAUCAAUUACGUCUUCAAAAGAACUAUGUAAAACGUACAAUAUAUAUGCGAUUAGAGAUGUU